GUUAACCAGAACAAAAGGUUGGUCACACGAAGAUACACACACAGCAACCUGUGCAAACAUAAUAAUUUGCUCGAGAAUUCUAAAAUAUAUAUUUUUUGUUGUUUUAGAACGCGAGUAACGGUUUUCUUACGAGAUAGUGCCAGUAGCCAAGUUUAACAGGCCUCAUAUGGAUCGUUAAAAGUUAUUAAACAGCAUUAAACAACGUGCCUAUCUAGUGUACCAAAGAUAUACAAGAAUUGUUUUGCUACAAAGCAGAGUGGAUAUUAAAAUAAUGAAAUAACAUCAGUGCGUUCUAAUCUUAAGAAUUAAUCAUGGUUAAAAUUGGCCUUAGGACGUUCUUCAUGAUAUUAUCGAUCGGCUUACACUUGGCAUCAGCAGUGUCCAUCCUAGAAUAUCUAUUUAAUCUAGAUGUAAACGAAAACGAGGAUUCCAACUUCAAGGACCUGGUCAUUAAAUACGGUAAGGAAUGCGAAGAGUAUCAAGUGGUAACGGAGGAUGGUUACAUUUUAACUCUCUUCCGUAUUCCGGGUGACGUCAAUCGACCGGUAUUGCUUGUGCACGGCUGUUUUGGUUCUGGGGAUUCGUUCAUCUUAAGGGGUAAGAAGUCGCUGGCUUACGCUCUAGCUGAGGCUGGCUACGACGUGUGGGUCUGCAACUAUAGAGGAACUAAAUACAGCAGGAAACAUGUCACUGUAGAUCCAGAUCGUGACGACAAGUUCUGGGAUUACAGCUUUGAAGAAAUCGGUUACUACGACAUGCCCGCGUUCAUAGACUUCAUCUUGGAGAAGACCGGACAAGCCAAGUUACAGACGAUAGGAUACUCGCAAGGAGGAACGGUCUUCUACGUAAUGGGAUCUAUCAAGCCAGAAUACAACGAGAAAAUUAAGGUACUAAUUUCCCUUGCGCCGAUAGCACACUUUUAUCACAUCAAAAAUCCAGUGACCAGGCUGUUCGAAAACGAAUCACGUCUGAGUAACAUUAUCAAUGCUAUGGGCAAGGAAGAAAUUUUUGGUCCACGAUCAGGAGAACGAGCUAUGAUCGACGCGAUUUGCUGGAGUCCGUUGACCGGCUACAAGAUCUGUUCUCAGUUCUUAUUCGAAUUGGUUGGUUACGAUGAGGACGAAUGCGAACCGAAAUUCUAUUAUAAAUUAAAGCAUUACGUACCGAAUAGCAUUUCGAAAAAGAAUGUCCAGCAUUUACUCCAAUUGAGGCGCGGUUUCAAUCGAUUCGAUUACGGGCCGGAGAGGAACCUUGAGGUCUACAACGCGACAUCGCCAUCGAAAUAUGAUUUGGAUAAGGUCAAGAUGAAAAUUGUUCUGUACGUAUCGAAAAACGAUAGGUUGUCAACAGUGGAAGAUGGCGAAGAACUACGGAAUGAGUUCUCUAACGUUGUUGAAUUUCGCAUCAUCGAACGCGACGAAUUCAACCAUUUAGAUUUUAUAUGGGCCAAAAAUAUGGAUAAAUACAUUUUCCCGCACAUACUUCGAGCCUUGGAGCAAUAUAACUUCUAAUUUAGAAUUAAUCAGAAUGUGUUGCAAUUAAAAGUAUCAAUAUCGAGGGGUGUAAGGUUAUUUGGUUUAUGCAAAAUUUUUGCAACUAUACAGUGUGCUUAGUGCGAGUAUUUUAACGUUCUCGAUAGCGUAAAAGUUAGCCUAAUUUUGUAUGCAGUUGGAACAGCGCCUCUAGCGGCAAACGUAGGCAAGCGAUCCCAUUCCAUACAAAGAGGAGCUAACUUUUACGGUAUCGAGAACUUUAAAAAAAUCGGUUGUCUGUAAAGUCGGUUUACUGACGAUAGUUGAACGUGACAACGUCAUAAGAAAAUACUUAUGGAAUGGUUCCAUUUUUCAAUUAUCGCAAUUAUCGUUGCUAUAAACAAUUGACACCACAUUCACUUUUCACUGAACUUCAUACUUGACGAAAACAUGUAAAUGUAUUAUUGUAUAGCAGCUGUCCACGCGGAUGCAUCACUCACAUCGCCUCAAAGCGAGGUAACGCCGCAUGAGUCAUGUUUUUUCGUGCGUGCAGCCGGCGCCAUCGAAUUAUAAGACGUUGUCACGUCAAAAACUCGCACUACUGGCAGCACACUGGAGAGCCAUUCAAAGUUUAAAUUUGAAAAAAAUAUCAUAACAAAAAUUCCUUCAGCUACAUAUUUGAACGGAGUAAAUUUAAUUGAAGUUCAAUUAAAAACAUCGAACUGUUGAUGCUGAUACCUAAUAAAACGCACCUUUCAUUACAAAGAAAGCGAAAUGUCGCUUAAGCUAAAUAGCUUUUCACCUCUUGAUAUGAUUUUGCUGCGGUGUGGAAUAUUAGCAUUUCAUUUCUUCCCAUGUUGUGGAAAGCGACUAGGGGAUGCAUCGGUGAUCGGGAAGCAGCCUUCUAUGAGUGUUAAGGGCGUCACACACAGUGAAGAUACUAUAAUAUUUUACCUUAACAUACAAUAUCGCUCGCUACAUUUUUUAUGAAUUAUCAUACAUGGUUAAGAUAAUAUAUUAUUGGAACGAAGUUCCUUACGGCAGGCUUGGAGGGGAUAGAGAUUUUGCUGCGCGACCGAACUGAAAAAAAUGUGAUAGUAAAACCGUAAGAAAAAAUCCGUGGAAAAAAGGGCGUGGAAUAAAACCGUUAAAUGAGACGUGCGCAGGCGCGACAGUCGUAUACACAAGCGAGUAGUGUAUAAUACCUUUCUCUUUCUCCCUCUUUCUUUUCGUUCUCUCAUCUCUUCUCGCUCUAUUUUGUAAUUAUUUCUAUUUCUAUGUAAUUUUAUGUUGUCAAACAAAAAUAAAGAGACAUAUUUUGUUAUUUUAA